UGAUGAAAAUCUUUAGAGACAACACACCAACACAAAAGAAUAUCAUUUUAUUUGUUCUGAAUAAAAACAGAAACUCAUCUUUUAAAAAUGGUGCAUCACAGUCAUUCAUUAAUACACUUUCACGUGUCAGUUUCUGAUUAAAAUGUGUCACUGGAAAGUUUUUUUUUAAAUGAAAUUUACCGCAUAUCCAAUUUGCCUAGUGUAUGGAAAGCUACAUGGGAAUUCAGGCGUAUGAGGUCGGGGGUGGAAGAGAGUCUGGAUAAGGGGAAGGUGGGGGGGCAGGGGUCGGAGAAAAAAGUGAGUAAGAGAUGACUCAACAUCCCUCUGCUAUAAGAUACCCUGAUACCCAACAAUGACAUACACACAGACAUCAGCUACGGUAAGGGCAACUCUCCUCUUCAUUUUUUAAAUCGGUUUCACUUAACUCAAUGUGUAUUUUUUUUAAAUUAUUUUAUUAGUUGUUGUUCAAAGCUCUUAAAAGUUUGCACUUAUAAAUAGGAGAUAGGAAUAGGAGAAUUUAGAGCCAAGUUGAUGAUCUUUGUGCAAGCUACCGUCAAAACUUCACAGGUGUCCACAAUCAAUAUUUAGCAAAUUCAAACAAACUGAGUAAAAACACAGUUUACAAGUCCAAACUGGUGUUCCUGUUGAUAUUAGCACAUCUCUGUCGUGAUGACAGAAUGCCUGAGAACAGCACUAAAAGGUAAUCUGCCUUAUCUUAUCAUUUCACAGAAUUUUUCUUCUCCGCACGUGCAUGACAUACUGCAGAUAUGUACUGCUCUCUGGCCUUCCUGCUUCCUCUGUUGCACCUUCUAAGCAUCUGCACAGCUGCUUCACUACCAAUGGAAGUGGUGAAGGUGAAAUCCAAUGUGAAGCAGCUUUCAGAGCAGCUGCUGGUCAGGCUUAAAAACUUCCAGUUCCCUGCUGGACGCACACUCAGCCCAGCUGCCGGAGACCUGGACAGACUUUCUGCUACAGUGAUGAUCCUGGAUGGUUACAACAGCCUUAUUUCGGACACACUCAACGGAGUCUCCCAGAUAAAGGCCGACAUCUCCUGUUUAACAAGGCACCUUGAUCAGUGGAGACAGGGACACUGCAACAAGCAGCGGCCAAAGCCCUCUGUACCAGAGCCACUGCAAAAGCUCCAGUCGCACAAAGAUCUCAUUGACACAGUGAGCUUCGAGGCUCUCCUGCGAGUCAAAGAGAUCCUCGUCGUGCUGCUGAAGAAUUUGGAUAAUCUUGAAAUAUGCUAAAGGACCACCAGUGUUGUCUGCUUUUCAGAAGAGCUGCACGCGUCAAUUGUCAGACUUUGUACGCCACCGUCCCUAUUGCCACCUCUUUUUAAAGGGAAUGUAUUCUGAAGAAAAUGCACUUAACUUACUGGGUCAACAAAGACCUCAGAAUCAACAUUUUGUCUCAGUUAUAGACCAGAGAAACACUUCUGUAGUUCACAAAAUUGAGGUCUGAAGGAUUUAAAAAAAAUUUAUGAAAAUAUACAGGUUUUCUAAAUUGAGUAAGGAACAGCAUCCUACAACGCUAGACUUUCAAGUCUUUGCUUUUUUGUUUUACAUCAUUAAUGUUUCACUUCUUCAAAGGCUUUUUCUGGAAAGAUUUAAUGAUCAAUAUCUGAGAAACAGCUACUGGUUCACUACUGAUGCUGAAUCCACAGACAACGCAAGGAUCACAUUCUACAAUGAUGUCAUGUUUGGAG